AUCCCGGUUAUGAGCUGUCACGUAGUAAAGACUGCGUGCGACCAGACAAGUUAAUGCGUGAUCAUUGUCAAGCGAUCAAAUCUACGAAAUAAUUUAGAUGUAAGUCAUAGACGAUCGCACAUUAAGAAGUCUGGGAUUAAAAACACUGUGGAUUCAGGACCUUUCAACUGAAUGUGGUAUAUGUGUAAGACUUGAUGGGCGAUGUCUAGACGCGGACGCUACAGGCUCACCAGGAGAGGGUCAUCCACCCCAGAUUGUGAAAAGCCUCUGGGGCCAGGCAUUCAUGUCUAUGUUUUCUGGACUAAAGAAGGUGUGCAGUAUCUGACCCACAAGGAGAAUGAGGUUACUGCUGAGGAGCUGUCAAUCAGGGCAGCACAGGUUGCUGGGAUUUCACCGAUGUGCCACAAUCUUUUUGCUUUGUACGACCCUCAGUCUCACUGCUGGUACAGUCCUAACCACAGCAUUGACCCACAAAAUGUCACUACUUUAGAACUCCACUUCCGUAUAAGGUUUUACUUCCGUAACUGGCAUGGGUUGAUUGAGAAGGAACCUGCGGUAUUCCGCUAUGCCCAGCGGACAGCGACACCAGAGAAGGCUGGCUCCCCUCUGCUUGAGAUGCCUUCUUUGGAGUACCUGUUUGCCCAGGCCAAGUUUGACUUUGUGAAUGACGUUGCGCCCAUGGAAGAUGUGCGGGGCGAAGCGGAGCUGACUCGUUAUAAAAACGAGAGCUUGGGGAUGGCUGUGCUCCACAUGUCUCACAAGGCCCUGCAGUCGGACUCCAACCUGCAAGAUGUGGCCAAACACAUCAGCUACCUGCGCUGCAUCCCCCGCUCCUUCUCCAGGCACAUCUCGCGGGACAACUUCCUCACCAAGCUGCGCAUUGGCCGUGUCUUCUCCGAGUUUGUGCUGACCUUCCAGCAGCACACCGUCAGCCAGGGCAAGCUGAGCACCCAGGAGGUCAUGUACAAAUACCUGGCCACCCUGGAGAACCUGGCGCCCCGUUUUGGCACAGAGACGUUCCCCGUGACCCGUUUGGUGUUGAAGGAGGAUGGCGACAGCAGCGGCACCUACCUGAGCGACUCCAGGGUGCAGGGGGACGCGGAGGAAAAUGGCGAUGUGGAGGCCACUUGUGAAGUAAUGAUCUCCGGCACCAGAGGGAUUCAGUGGAGGAAUAUCUUGGCACAAAAGGCUCAGGACAACGACUACCUGGGGAAUGAGGGGAGUAAAAAGAAGAGCAGGCAGCAGUCUUACUCACAGGAACCAAGCGCCCCAGACAAAUGGAGCAGCUUUUGCGACUUCCCUGAAAUCUCCCACAUCGCCAUCGUCGGAGCCAAUGUCUGCAUCUGUCAUCAGGACAAUCGCGCAAUGGACCUGCAGCUGAGGUCCAAUCUGGAGGCCCGCUCCCUCGUCUCCCUGUUGGAUGGCUACUUCCGCCUCACAGCUGAUGCCCACCACUACCUGUGCCGCGAGGUAGCUCCCCUCAGAGUGGUGAUGAGCGCCGCCAAUGGCAUCCACGGCCCCCUCCAGGAAGAAUUUGUACAGCAGAGACUGAAGAAAGAGGGAGGCUCGGAGGGGGUGUAUAUUCUGCGAUGGAGUGUCCUGGAUUACUACUGCAUCAUUUUAGCUGUGCUGAGCAGGAAUGAGGACUGCGAAACAUACAAACAGUUCAGGAUUCUACAGAAGGAUGGAAAGUUUGCGCUUGAGGGCUGGAACAAGGAGUUCUGUAAUGUGAAGGAGCUCACCGAUGGCCUCAAGACCUUUGUGCUCAGGUCUGGUAAUGACACCUUCACUGUGAAGAGAUGCUGCCUACCCCGCCCUGCAGAGCUGUCAAACCUGCUUGUGAUCAGGAGGGGCACCAACAGCAGCAUGAAGCCGGUCUCUGAAACCCUCAACCUGAGCCAGCUCAGAUUCCACCAGAUCAAAGACAAGGAGAUAACACGGGAACAGCAUCUGGGCAGGGGCACCAGGACAAACAUCUACUCUGGCCGUCUGCAAGUGUGGGGUGGGGCUGAGGAUGACGAGGACGAAUGGAACAACAACCACAACAACCACAAAGGCAUCCGAGUGGUCCUCAAGAUCCUGGACCAGAGCCACAAGGACAUAGCCCUGGCAUUCUUUGAAACGGCGAGUCUCAUGAGUCAGGUGUCCAACAGUCACCUGGUGUUUGUUCAUGGAAUAUCAGUAAAGGGAUCUGAGAACAUCAUGGUGGAGGAGUUUGUUGAAUUUGGUCCUCUGGAUAUUUUUCUGCGGAAAGAGAAAGGGAGACUCACUCCGCAGUGGAAAUUUACUGUGGCUAAACAAUUAGCCAGCGCACUCAGUUACCUGGAAACAAAGCGUUUAGUGCAUGGAAAUGUCUGUGCUAAGAACAUUCUGGUGGUCAGACGAGGACUGGAGGAAGGCACCUCUCCAUUCAUCAAGCUGAGUGACCCAGGCAUCGCGCUCACAGUACUGUCACGUCAAGAGCGCGUUGAGCGCAUCCCCUGGAUCGCCCCAGAGUGUGUGCCCUGCGGAGCAUCACUGGGUAAUGCGGCUGACCAGUGGAGCUUUGGCACCACCCUGAUGGAGAUCUGUAACAACGGAGAAGUUCCCAUGAGCACCAGCUCGCCCAAUGAGAAAGAACGUUUCUACGAGACACAGAGUCACCUGGCUGAGCCGUCGUCUCAGGAGUUGGCAAGUUUCAUCAGCAAGUGCCUGACCUAUAAUGCGGCAGAAAGACCUUCCUUUCGUGCCAUUCUGAGGGAGCUGACAGAACUACAGCACAAGAAUCCUGACAUUUCCUCAAAGUGUAACUCGUGCCCAGACUCGGACCCAAGUGUCUUCCUCAAGCGGUACCUGAAGAAGAUCAGGGACCUGGGAGAGGGCCACUUUGGAAAGGUGAUGCUGUAUGUUUAUGACCCGGCUAACGACGGUACCGGGGAGUACGUGGCAGUGAAGGCCUUGAAGCAGGAAGGAAGCGGCCAUCUCCAUGAUGGCUGGAUGAAAGAAAUCAAAAUCCUCAAAUCCCUCUACCAUGAAAACAUUGUCAAGUACAAGGGCUGCUGCUCUGAACUAGGUGGGCAAGUGGUGCAGCUGAUCAUGGAGUUCCUCCCACUGGGCAGCCUGAGAGAAUAUCUUCCCAAGCACCGCGUGGGGAUGGCACAGAGUCUGCUCUUUGCCCAGCAGAUAUGCCAGGGAAUGGAUUACCUCCACUCAAAGCGCUAUAUCCACAGGGAUUUGGCUGCCAGGAAUGUGCUCGUGGAGAAUGAGGCCGUUGUGAAGAUUGGCGACUUUGGAUUGACAAAAUACAUUCCAGAAGAUAAGGUCUACUACCGCGUCAGUGAGGAUGGUGACAGCCCUGUGUUUUGGUAUGCUAUUGAGUGCCUCAAAGAGAGCAAGUUCUCCUUCUCUUCUGAUGUGUGGUCCUUUGGAGUAACGCUGUAUGAGAUUAUGACCCACUGUGAAAGUCGACAAAGCCCUCCUUCGAAAUUCUUUGAGAUGCUGGGAAGCGUCCAAGGCCAGAUGACUGUGAUGAAGCUGAUCACUUUGCUAGAGAGACAUGGACGACUGCCCUGUCCAAAGGACUGCCCUCAAGAGGUAUACACACUGAUGAGACAGUGCUGGGACGUUGACCCAGCAGAGCGUCUGACAUUUCAACACCUCAUUGGAUCAAUACAGGACAUCAGACAGGGAUAUGAGCACCAGCCCACCGUGCAGCUGGCACAGAUCAACCACCGCUGAAGACCACUUUGCAAAAGCCUUGGCCUUUUACAGCCACUCCCUGGAGCACAAAGCCUUCCCUGAUAUUCAUCUCGCAGGGCCCUUGUCCUGCACUAAGAAGCUGCUAAUGCACUAUGCCUAACUGUCACCGUCUGGUCUCACAAGCUUACUUUCAUGGAUUUUCCUCUGGCACUUUAGGCCCUGCUGCACUGCACUGUAUGCUGUUGGUCAUAGUUCGAUUUGUAUUUGCAGUUUAUGUCUCCAGCUGCUGGAGUGCUGUUUCACAGAAUACAUCGCCGUGAUUCUGACUGUGUAUGGUAAAAUGCCUUGUGCCAAUUGGUAGCGGCUUGUACUUGAUGUUAUCACUGCAAGCCUAGGGCAUAUGUGUCACCUUAUUAUCAGCCAUCUGUCACCUGCCAUGUAUUUUCUUUAACAGAUAAAGAGUCUAAACUUAUACAUGACAUUACUUAUGUAUACACACACACACACACACACACAAACAUAUAUAUACUGUUUCUGUACAGUUGACCAAAAGCCAGUUCGUUAUUAUAGAUUUCAAGGGGAGGAUUAUGGGCAAGUCAGGUACCUAGUGACGUGUUAAAAUUUGCUUAAAAUGAUGUGGCCUUUACCCUUUUGUUCUGUAUUUGUAAUUAAGGGCAUAUGGUGUGAUCACUUGUCCUUUUUUUAAAUUUUUUUUAUUUUUUAUGUAUGCAUGUGUUGAUUUGACAACAUUUUGAAUGUUUUUCUCUGUAUUUCCCUGUAAUAAACCAUGUUAUGAAAGUAA